CAAGCGGUGACAAGGGAAAAAAGGGGAAGGGAAAGCCAGAAAAAUUUUGCUUCCUCGCAUUUUGGUCCAAAAAAGUUUUAAGAAGCAGAAAUUUGCGAGUGUUAACAUUUUUUAGUGUUUUGUGUCCAUUCUUGUGCCUGUGAAUUAACUGGAAGAUUAUACAUUGGACUUGAAAAACGUUAGAAGGAAUGAUAUGAAACUAUCAGGUUAACUGUUAUUUAUGCUGUAAGAAUUAUUUAUUUGCGCAAGUGCAAGUGUAACUCUGUAUCAUGGAUUGGAGUUGAAGAGUAGAGCAGAGCAGAGCCAUGGAGGGCUACGACUUAUUUAGUGACGACCUACCUUCGUUAGGUAGCAGUAUGCUUGAUGGAUUGGCUGAGCUGGGAGGGACUGGACCAGGAGCGGAACAGUCCCAAUACCCCACAUCAAAUAACCAAGGCCAAGGUCAGUCACAUGGAGUUCGGGCUACAGGAGGGCAUUCAUAUUAUGGGAGUUAUCCACCUCCUUCAGGUUAUGGCUCUGGUUCAACUUUACAAUAUGGCCAGGUGCCCCAAGGUCCAUUGCCAUACGCAGGACCAGGUCCCGGUCCAGGAACAGCGGGUCCUACCCAACUGGGCUACUCUUCAUAUGCUCAGCAAGCCGUAGGUCCUCGAAUGGCCGGCCAACAGUCGACCUAUUCCAUGUACAGUGGCCAGCCUCACGUAGGCGACAGCCGAAUGUAUCCGAUGCAGCAUGGCGCCGAGCAGUAUUCUAGUGCGAUGCAUCAGAACGCGGCAAGCAUGUCGGGAUGGCAGGGCUAUCCUUCCAUGAAUCCUCCCGCCCAGUAUUCAGCCAUGGGUCACGGCAGCUACCGUCCCCUCCAUCCGCAGCACGCCCAACAACAGCAGCAUGCCCAGCCUCACUAUCCUCAUCAAGCACCUAUGCGUCUCAGUGGUCAACAACAACAAACGUCUCAGCACCAACAAUCUUAUGGGGCCGGUAUCAAUGGGCCCUCGACAGCAGCAUCUGCUACUGCAGCCGCCAAAAACAUUCCCCCAAACUAUGGUACGGCAUCGGCAGCCUCAAUGCACCCUCAGUACCCGCAUGCACAGGGCGCUCCAGUAGCGAUGAGCGGAGCCUAUGGUUCUGCUCCUCCUAUCCGAUCUGCCUAUGCUGCAGAAAACGCAAUGGCAUCAACCCACCAACAACAUCAACAACAGCAGCUUCAUCAACAACAGCAGCCUCAACCACAGCAGCCACAGGGCGGGCCUAAACCUUAUCCUUAUUCGAUGCAAGCUCCGUACCCAAUGACUGCACAACAUUUUAUGCCUGAAUCGACUGCACAGCCGCACACGACUCAACAGCCGCAGCAGGAAGUGCCCUCCGUUUAUCAACAGCAACAACAACAACAGCAGCAGCAGACUGCUCCUUCUCAGCUGCAUAGUACGCCGCAUUACAGGGCUCCAUUCCCUCCCCAGAUGUCACCGCAAAUGUCUCCGCGACCGCAAGCGUCUCCACGGCCUCCGCAUACUUCACCUAUGCCCGGAGCUGUAAGUUCGCCUCUACCUCCAUUAGGACACCCAGCUGGUCCAACCGCACAACCGACUGUCUCUAUGUCGACACCUUAUAUGAACCAGGCGCAGCAUUCUGGUCUCGGCCAUCAUGCUCAGCAGCAACCACAUCAACAACAUUCAACGUCUCAACAUCAGCUGCACCAACCUCAUCUGCAACAACAGCACCAGCAUCAACAACAGCAGCAGCAGCAACAGCAGCAGCAACAACAACAACAAAUUCCACAUAUGCAUUCGGCAGGACCAUCAAGUCUUCAGCAGCUUGAACAAAUGGUCGGUCCCACAGGAAGUAACAUGGCAAGCUCUCCACCCAAGCCAAUGGUUGGUAAUUCAUCAACGCAAAUGAACAACGCUGGAGCUAGUCCGAAUAGAAAUGCUAUGCCAGGUUCGCCUGCUCCUCCUCGCACUCCUUUGGCACCGUCUCCUGCGCAGCCCCCUAGGCCGCCAAGUAACGUAUCCGGUCUAGUUCCUCCUUCCCCUCGUCUGCUACCACCACCAAGCCCUGUGGCCCAACCAGGAACGGCUACUUCUGAAAAGAAUCAUUUUCCAGAAUCGCCAGCAAACGACGUGUCCAGAUCUGCCAAAAAUUUGAUUGAAAAGCACGAGCAGUCAAUGCACGAUUCGAUGGAUCAACAUCAACCACAUGGAUCUUCAAAUGUUCCCGCACCUCAAGUUUCAAGCCACGGACAACAACAUCCAGGUUUCCAGCAACAUCCAGGACUUCAGCCACAUUCGAGUAUCCAACAGCAUCCGGGAAUUCAACAGCAUGCUGGAAUCCAGUCGCAUCCAGGUAUUCAGCAGCACCCCGGAAUACAGCAGCAUCCUGGACUUCAGCAGCACCCUGGAUUGCCAGCAUCGCAAACAUCUCAGUCUGCGAUGGUGCAACGUUUUCCCGGAUCACAGCAUCACCAAGGACAGCAGAGCCAACAACAAGUAACACCGCAACCAGGCAUGGUACCGCACCAUCCAGGUGGAAUUAUACCCAAUCAAUCCACGAUACCUCAACAUUCGGGAUCCCAGUUGCAACCUCACCAUCAGCAACAGCAACAGCAACAUGCUGCACCAAGCCAUCAUUUGCCGGGGUUGGGAAUGGCUGGAACACAGUCGGCAGUCGGUGUGGCAGGUCCACAACCUCAGCCACCAACACCAGUGCCUCCUCAGCCGCAGCAGCAUCACGCUGGACAGCCACCUUCUAGUAAUCAGCAGAACCACCAGGUUGCACCAAGUAUGCAGCAACAGUCGAAUGGCUCUCAUCAGCAUACAGGAAUGCCUGCUCAACAGCAACAAUCUUCGCAACUACAUUCAAUUCCACCCCAUCAGGGAGCUGGGUCUAUUGCGAUGGGUUCCAUGCAUCAGCGAGAAGCUGGAUUACCAGGAACUAGCAAUUUCAAUUCGUCGACCGCCAUGGGAUACAUGGCACCUCAGCACCAACAGCACCAGCAACAUCAAUCCCAGGUCCAACAACAUUCGGGUCAGCAGUUCCACGAGACCCAGUCUGCUGGACAUGGUGUAGCUGGUUAUCCAGGUCCGAGAAUGAAUCCUCAGGGCGAGAUGCAGCAUUUGCAGCAGCAGUUGCAGCACCUGUAUACAUUGCCGUCUAAUCCGCAGACUCAACAGCAAAUUGCAGAGCUACAUGAACGCAUGUCAACGCUUCAGCGACAAGGCUGGGGCGGAGGAAUGCCUGUACCCCAGCCCUUCAUGGGAGGACCGGCGUCAACUCCUUACAUGCCUCAGGCUCAGGGACAAAACUAUCCGAUGGGUACUCCCUCUGGAGCAGGCGCAGGAAUGGUUAUGGGGCCACCACACAUGGGCCCACCCAAUUCACAAGUUUAUGACUUCCCAACUGGUAUGGAUGAUGAACCAGGAGCUAGUGGGAAAGGCAAGAAGAAAAGAGAACCUAAAAAGAAGGCAGCCAAAGAGAAGGAACCAAAGCCGCCCAAAACUCCAAAAACUCCAAAAACACCCAAAAGCAAAGCUGCUGGUCCCAGCGCACCGUCGUCAGCUGAUGGCGGAAUUAUGGACAGCAUAGAAAGCACGAUCUUGAGUGUCAGCAUGAACCCAGAUUCUCCAGGCGAGCAAGCAGCUGUGUCGUCGCCGCUUAUGCCUACUUCACCCUUACCUUUGGCGCCACCAGCGCAGAUGUACCAGCAAUCGCCUGCACUUACAUCUCCUGUUAGUGCACCUUCGAAUGAAGUAGAGGCCCCCGCGGUGGCAUCGGAAGAAGAGGAGUCUGUAACUCAAGAUGAGAUUCCCCCUGUCAUGGAAGCAAUGGGAAUUGAAGAGUCGUGCAUGGAUCUUGAGGAGACCCUGAUGGCCGCAGCCGCGUCGGCUACUGUUCCAGAGCCGAUUCCACCGCCUAUGGUUGAGCCUGAAAUCGCUGAAGCUGAGGCAAUAGAAGUGAAACCAGCGGAAUCCAUUAAAGAAAUUCCUGAAGUUGAACAAAAUCAAGAGGAUACUGAAAUUGCAACAGAAACGCCAACUGGCAAAAGGCCACGCACGAAAAAGCCGAAAUCUGCUGCAAAAGCCGGCAAAUCCAAAGCCAAGAAGGAAGCCGAUUCCUGGAUUGAUGGUGAAGCCUUGUCUUCUGCUGGAGCCGACACAAAUGACGAGGUUAAACCUCCAAAACCUAAGCGGAUACGAAUUUCCAAAAAGAAAUCAAAGAAAGGAGAAACCUGCACAGAACUGGACAGUGGAGCAGAUACCAGUACUUUCGAUACAAGUGUUGCAGUUGGUGAUUUACCUCUAGCCGUUGAAUCGGCUAGUGCCGAUGAUUCUGCAGCGGCGUUAAGCGAUGCUGCGCCGAUAAUGAGUUCGGCGAAAAAGAAAAAGCCGAAAGUGAAAUCUGCAUCACCUACGAAGAAGAAGCCCUCUAAAACUUCUAUUAGCUUUUCGAAAAAGAAAAAGCGUCCAUUGUGUGAUGAUGAAGACAAGAACAGCGACCUAGAAGUUACUCCGCCUCCAUCGCCAUUGCCUGAUGAUGAAAAUUCGACUCUCAAAAGAAGAUCCGGCCGUAAUACUAACAGGAAGAAGUAUAUCGACGACCUUGAUCUGGCCGAAUUAAGAAGCCUGUCUGACGAAGAACAAGAAGCUGCCGCUGCAGCAGCAGCACUGGCAGCUACCACUGCUACCGAGAAUUCUUGUUCGCCAUCAGCAGCUGCUGCUGUUGACACGGCUGUCACUGUACCCGCAGAAGUGGAAGUGCCGGUGGAAGUGGAUCAAUCAGAAAGUGGAAUUAAGCCAAAUUUUGUUUACGUCAACACUACUGAUGAGAACACCAUGGUUGUUCAACAUAUUUUAGCAGUACGCAAAGGGACAAGAGAAAUUGUAUCAUCUGAUGAUGAAGAGGAUGAAGAUGACGGUGAAACAAAAAAAGAAGUAGAAGAAGAUAAAGUAAAUGUUGAAGAAAAUGACAAGGAGCAUAAGGAAAGCGAAAACAUGAAAGAAGAAGGCGCUGCUAAAGUGGGAAUAAGUGGUGACGUAGGUGAUGCGAAUGAUAAAGAUAAAACAAAUGAGGAAAUCGAAGACAAAUGUGCUGCGGAAGAAACGGAAAUGGCUGUUAAAGAAGAAAAGGUCAAUAACGAAAAGGGUGCUGAAAAUCAAGAAUUCCAAGGAGAAGAAAAGGAGACACCUAUGGAAGAGGAUCAAAACACAGAAGUUCAAGGUAAAGAGGUUGAAGAAAAACACCAGCUGGAAAAUGAUUCUGCAGCGACAAAAGAAAGUGUCGAAUCAAACGAAGCCAUUAAAGAAGAAACUAAAGUUAACAAUUCGGAACUUGAAACCUCGUGUGGCACAAAAGUGGAACCUGUUAAAGAAGAGACGAAGCCCAAGAAAAACAAAAAACCAGCUCGAACCAUCGAAGUGGAGGAGUAUUACGUGAAAUACAAGAAUUUUUCAUACCUUCAUUGCGAAUGGAGGACCGAAGAAGAACUGGUGCGUGGAGACAAACGUAUUCCCCAAAAACUCAAGCGAUUCCAUCAAAAGAAAGCUCAAUCGGCCAAUAUGUUUGAAUUUCUUGAGGAAGACCUUUUCAAUCCAGACUAUAUAGAAGUUGACAGAGUACUCGACAAAGCUGAGCACACAGACGCCGCUACCAAUAAGGUUACUCGUAAUUAUUUGGUCAAAUGGAAAUCUCUUCCAUACGAAGACUCAACGUGGGAGCUGGAAGAAGAUGUUGAUCCUGCAAAAAUUAAACAUUACGAAAUCAUAAACAAGUAUCCAGGCAAAGAAAAAGAUUUGUUUGGCAAGGGAAGAAAGAAACCGCGCCCUAGCGAAUGGAAGAAGCUAGAUGAAUCUCCUGUCUAUCUUAACGGCAACACUUUACGCGAAUACCAGUUAGAGGGCUUAAACUGGUUGUCAUUCUCCUGGUUCAAUGGCCGCAACUGUAUCUUAGCUGACGAAAUGGGAUUAGGUAAAACUAUUCAGUCACUGGCUUUCGUAGAAUCGGUCCAUCGACUUGGUAUUCGCGGUCCAUUUCUGGUCAUCGCCCCGCUAUCUACCAUUCCUAACUGGCAACGUGAAUUUGAAACAUGGACGAAUUUGAAUAUCAUUGUCUAUCACGGUUCGAAUCCCAGCCGUACCAUGUUGCAGGAGUACGAGUUCUUCUUCAAAGACAGUAAAGGGAAUCAAAUCAAGGACAUUUACAAGUUUAAUGUGCUGAUCACCACGUUCGAAAUGAUUAUUUCGGAUUGCAUGGAGCUGCGCGAAGUCCCGUGGCGCUUGUGCGUUAUCGACGAGGCCCAUCGUCUCAAGAACAAGAACUGCAAGCUCCUCGAGGGCUUGCGACUCCUCCAACUGGAGCACCGCGUCCUUCUUUCCGGUACUCCGCUACAAAACAACAUCAGCGAGUUGUAUUCUCUGCUGAACUUCCUCGAGCCCGCUCAGUUCCAGAGCAGCGAAGAUUUUAUCCGAGAUUUCGGUGACCUCAAAUCAGAUGAUCAAGUGCAAAAGCUUCAGGCAUUGCUCAAGCCAAUGAUGCUCCGUCGUCUCAAAGAGGAUGUCGAGAAGUCGCUCGCUCCCAAAGAGGAAACGAUCGUCGAAGUCGAAUUGACGAACAUGCAAAAGUAGUAUUACAGAGGAAUCUUGGAGCCCAAUUUCUCCUUCUUGACCAAAGGUACGACAAACGCUAACGUUCCCAACUUAAUGAACACGAUGAUGGAACUGCGUAAGUGUUGUAUCCACCCUUACUUAUUGAACGGAGCCGAAGAGCAAAUUCAGUACGAAAUGAAAGUAUCGCACACUUCCGAUCCCGACCUUCAUCACAAAGCCUUGAUUCAGUCGUCGGGUAAACUGGUGCUUGUUGACAAGUUGCUUCCUAAACUGAAGUCGAACGGACAUCGCGUACUCAUUUUCUCGCAAAUGGUCCGCUGUCUCGACAUUUUGGAGGACUAUUUGAUCUACAGGAAAUACCCGUACGAACGUCUCGACGGACGGAUUCGCGGCAACAUGCGUCAGGCUGCUAUCGAUCGUUUCUGCAAGCCUGAUUCGGAUCGUUUCGUCUUCCUGCUUUGCACCAAAGCUGGUGGCUUGGGUAUCAACUUGACGGCUGCCGACACGGUCAUUAUUUAUGACAGUGAUUGGAAUCCGCAAAACGAUCUCCAAGCUCAAGCUCGUUGCCAUCGUAUUGGCCAACAGAAAAUGGUCAAAAUUUACAGACUUCUCACGAGAAAUACUUACGAACGCGAAAUGUUCGACAAAGCGUCGCUCAAGCUCGGUCUGGACAAGGCCGUUUUGCAGAGCAUGAAUACGUCUCAGGGAGGCAAAGAUUAUGGUGGAAGUGGCAAACAACCAUUGUCCAAAAAAGAAAUCGAAGACCUCUUGAAAAAGGGAGCUUACGGUGCUUUGAUGGAGGAUGACAACGCUGGCGAUAAAUUUUGUGAAGAAGACAUCGAUCAAAUUCUUCAGCGUCGUACACAAAUCAUCACCUUGGAAAGCGAAAAGGGCUCUCAGUUUUCCAAAGCCACCUUCGCUUCCGCCUCAGAUCGAACCGAUAUCGACAUUGACGAUCCUGAUUUCUGGAAGAAAUGGGCUAAGCGUGCCGAAAUCGACACUGAAUCUAUAUUGACCAAUGGCCAGGAGGAACUUUUGGUGCUGAGUGAGCCCCGGAGACGCACUCAGAUUAAACGCUACGGCCAGGAUGAAGCUGUCUUGGAGGGAGUUAGCGAUUUGGAAACGACCAGUAAUAGCGACGAAGAGCCCGGAGCGCCCUCGACGCGUUCUAAAGUCGCUGGACGGAAAGAUCGCAGCCGGCGAUCGCUCCGUAGGUCACGACGUGGCAAUUACGAUGAAGACUUUGCACCAGAAGAUGGUGAAGUCGAAUAUGGUGCUUGGACCAAGACCGAAUGCUUCAAAGUGGAGAAGGGUCUCAUGACCUUUGGAUGGGGCAGAUGGCGUGAAAUUAUGGCCCAUGGGCAGUUCCGUAAAGGCUGGCGUGAGUCUGAUGUUGAAGACUGCGCUCGUAUGAUGAUGGUCUACUGCCUCUUGAAUUUCCGGGGUGACGAGAAAAUGAAAAGCUUCAUUUGGGAUUUGAUUGCGCCUACGGAUAGCGGCGAGACUCGCGUUGAUCGUAACCACAGCGGACUGGCGGCGCCUAUCCAACGUGGAGGUCGCAAAAACAAGAAAGAAUCGAAAAGAGCUAGUAAAGGAUCAGCUGCUGCAGCCACUCCGACUUCAGCUCCCAAUGCACCUUUGGUUGAAGGUGCAGAAUGGACGCGCGACGAAAAAUACGACCCUGAGCAAAAUCUUGACGCUGGAUACCGCCGCCAUGUAACAAGACACGCCAAUAAAGUUCUCUUGCGUAUACGGAUGCUUUACUACAUUAAGCAAGAGAUUAUUCGUGACUCGGAAGCUCAGGUAAAUGCUGGCGUCGCAUCUACAGCAUUGCCGAUUCAACCACCUUUCUGCGAUCAGCCUCCCACCCCGUGGUGGGAUUCUCAAGCUGAUGUGUCGCUACUGGUCGGAACCUACAAACACGGCUACGAACGCUAUGCGGUAAUGCGACUGGAUCCAACUCUUUGCUUUUUAGUUCGUUGUGGACCACCGGACAAGCAAGAACUAUUGUCAGAAAUGGCUUCUCUCGAGGCUAAUGGUGAUGAACUUGACAAAGCACCUGAUGAUGACGAAGACAUUGAUGAUGAUAGCAGCAGUACAACUACAACGAAAACACAAGGAGCAGCGGCAAACAAUACGUCAAAGGUUGCUGCAAUCAUGCCGGCUACAUCCGCUCCUGGUGACAAAUUCCAGUUCCCUCCGGCGUCCGAGUUAAACACUCGACUCCGUCGCCUGAUCACCUCCUACCAGCGCAAUUUCAAGAAGGAGGAAAUGAAAAUGGCUCAAAAGGCCAAGCGUUUGGAGAGGCGCGAAAAGAUCGAAACGAUCGUUCGGGAACGAGAGAAGCAAAAGAUCGAACUGCAACAAAGACGCUGGACCCGGCGCGAAGAGGGUGAUUUUUUCCGCACCAUUUCCAACUUUGGCGUCGAAUACAACAAGAAGCUGGGCCGCUACGACUGGACGAAAUUCCGAGCCAUCUCGCGUCUGGAACGCAAGUACGACGAAACGCUGACGGAAUACUUAAGGGCUUUCUGUGCCAUGUGCAAGAAGGCUUGCGGUCGGAAAUUGUCGGAAGAAGAGGAGGUUGCUCAAGCCACAGUCGAGCCAAUCAGCGAAGAGCGGGCUAGACGCUGCCUGGAACGUUUGGAACUUCUCUGCAAGAUCCGCGAAGAAGUCCUUACCCACCGCGACCUGGAUGAAAGGCUGAAGCUGUGCCAGCCGUCGCUCGACUUGCCCGAUUGGUGGAUCUGCGGCAAACACGAUCGCGACCUGUUGAUGGGCGCAUCUCGGCAUGGGCUUGGCAGAACAGAUUUUUACUACGUCCACGACCCCGAGCUCGGUUACCGUGAAAUUUUGCGUCGCCAUUACGCCGGAGAGCCGUUGAUCUAUCCUCUUGAGAAGAAAGAACGCGAUCGGGUGGAAAAUUUGCCUGAAAAUGACGAAAUAGUAGAACUGUCACCAGCAAAGAUCAAAGACGACGACGAAUCCCUGCGAUCCAAAAAGAUUAAAAACGAAGAUGACAUCCCUCGCAAGAAAUUAAAAAAUGAGGCGUCUCCUACUAAGGUCAAAAGUGAACGGCUUGAAGAAAAGGAAGAAGAAAAGACUGAAAAAGAAAGAGAUUCAAAGUCAGCCGCGGAAACAGAAGAAAAUACUGAAAAGGACUCGAAAGAAGCUAAAUCAGAGGCGACCACGGACCUUUCUAAACAACGAGAGGAAGACGGUGAAGUUAAAUUGCCUGAUAUCAAAGAGAGUGAAGCUGCUGUAGAGGCAUCUGACACCCCGAGUGAAAAGCAGAAAAUCACGGACAACGAGGAAUUCAAGAUUGACGAUGAAGGUCCCAAAAAAGAAAAGGAAGACCACUCCAAUGCGGCAAAGACCAAUGAAGACGAAUUGACUUCGGGAGGAGAUUCCGACGCACUCGUGGUAAAAACAGACGAAAAGAAUGCAUCGAAAUCUGGAGAACCACCUUCGGAAGAUUCCGCUGAAAAAAUGGACGAAGAUGUUAAUGAAAUCGAGAAAGAUUCUAGUGAAAAAGCCAACCAUUCUCCUAAAAAGAAAGACGACAAAACUGACAAUGAGAUUUCCGUAAAUCCUGCUGAUGAAAAAUCAGAAGAAGCAAUGGAAGUCGAUAUACCUGCAAAGGAUGUAACUGAUACUGCAUCGGAGGGGACGAAGGAAGUGGUAAAGGAAAAGCCUUCCGCGGCUACAGUGAACGAUGGUAACAAAGAGAAAGAAUCUCCUGAUGUAGAAGAAACGGAGGAAAUGGAUAUCAGUAAAGCUGAAGAAAAAAUUCCAGCGGAUGAAACAGAAAAAUCGAACAGCCAACCAAAAGAGUCUGCUGACUCUAAUGAGAAAAUUCAUGGUAACGAUGAAGACAAGAAUCCGAAAAGUCCCGAAAAACCAUCAGAUUCAGAAGAGGAAUCCAAAAUCCAAGAAAAGAAGGCAGAAGCCAAGGAAAAUGAAUCCAAAUCCAAGGACAAGAAAGCUAAGGAUGAUGUCGACACAAGUGAACCUACUGUCAGUGAAUCAGAAAGCAGGAUGAAAGUCGAAGAAAUAAUUGAAGAAAUGCCGAAAGAAGUACAAGAGAAAAUCACAAAAUUGAAUCCUGUCAAAAAGGAGGAAGAACGUGCACCUAGCCCUGACGCCGAAAUCAUCGAAGUAAAAAUUGAAAAGAGAAAUGUUCGAGAGAGGGAGGCUAAGGGAAAAGCCAAGGAAAAGGAAUUUGUUCCACCUCCGCUUGCUAGUUUGGCACAGAUGGAUGAAGCCAUGGCGCGCCAGGGUUUGCUUCUUGAUCCUGAAUUGCUGGCUAACGGAGACCCGGCAGUUUUGCAAAUAUUGGCGCAAACGUACCAAAAUCCAAUCCGCUGGCCAAAGGACCGAGCCGUCGAAGCCAGAUUACAACACAUCGUUCACGCUGUCGAGAAAAAUGAAUGGCCUGUGGGUCGUGAUUUUAGCGUGUUCGCGAACGGUGUCGUCGAAAUGGAGAGCCUAACGCCAGACCAGGCCGCUACGCCUCCACCACCUCCAGUGGUAGCUACCGUUGCUGUUCGCGAUCCGCCGACACCAGCGCCAUCUGUAUCGGCCAUGUCUCUAUCAGACGCUUCAGACAUCAUGAUGAUGAAUUCCGGUCUUGAUAGAUCCGGUGAUUAUGGCCUGGGUAUGUUACCAUCAUCUCGAAGAGGAGGACGCGGACGUGGUCGAGGUCGUGGUAGAGGUCGUGGCCAAAGAAACGUUAAUAUGGAUGUGGAACAAGAACGUGCAAAACUGCGUGCACUUCUCAGUUUGAAUCAUUCGAUGCAGCGAAGUUUGACUCAACAAUUAACUGGCAAGCCUAUGCUGAUGGAUGAACGGGAUGACGACCGGAGUACACCUUCCGAAACGUCUGUCUCUCUUCGUUCUAAGCAACGCUCCAAUCUACCACCACCUGCUCAUCAACACGGAUCAUCCUCUUCUUCCAGAUCGGCUCAGUCCCAAGCCCAGGUUCAGGCACAGGCCCAAGCCCAGGCGCAGGCGCAAGCUCUUUCUGCCCAUACUCUUGAACUGAUGCUGGCCCAAGCCGCACAGGCCCAAGCUCAAGUAAUGCAAGCUGCCCAAGCACAGAACAAUGCAGCGGCAGCUCAAGUGAUUGCCAAUUCUAUGGCUGCUUUGGGUUUGCCACCAUCCAUUUCAGUGUCCGUUACGGUGAAAGGAUCUGAAAACUCUUCCGCGCCGAUGGAUCUUUCUGGUGGUUUAAGUAAAUCGCGAGCAUCGGAAGUUAAUGGCGAACGAGAAGAACGAGAGGAUCGCAAACGCAAAUCCGAUGAAAUGAUGCCUCCACCCGGUGGCGAAAAGAACCAGAAGCGGCGCAAAUUGGAUGACAUUGUCAAAGGUUUGUCGGCUGCUAAAGGACAAGGUGGCAUUGGAGCUCUGUUUGCUUCGCCACGCACUGCAAAACCAUCGACAUCGGCUGAUCCUUUAGGUUUAAGUUUCCCUCGUUCAUCCGGCAUUACCAUCAUGCCGUGCAGCAAGGAGAAGGACAAAGAAGACAAAAUAGGCAAAAAUCAGGCUGAAGCUUUGCUUGCUGGCCUGAGCCGCCUGCCGGGUGUUUCUGCCAGUCCGUCGACCCCCGGACGAACCAGUGGUACCGAAGCUCCUAGGAUCUCCAUAGAGCCGCUGAGAAAUAAUUCCAGUAGUGCCGUCGCCACCGCAGUGAGUGACUUGGCUUCAACAACCGGCAUCAACAAAUUGCCCGACUUUUUGCUGCAGAAACUCGACGCCUACAGCCACACGCCACCGCACGAACUCAAGGUGUCCAAGUGGUUAGCCGACCAACAAGGCAUUACACCCGAACGGCCUGCCAGCCCCGACGCCGACCUUCUGGACUCUAAGAGACGCCGGAAGCCGCGAAUCGACCCGGCUCUGCUUGACUGGAACCGCUUGAGCGGAGACGAGAACGUGAGCGUCAUCAACCGACUCACUGGCAAAAAGAUCACGGGUAACAAAGCGCCUCACUUGCGCAAUCUGGCCCAAUGGUUGCUUGCUAAUCCAAUGUUUGACGUGGAUCCCAAAUGGUCAGACCUCGUCAAAGAGAAGGGCAACUUGCCUGGAGAUCUACAGCGCCGCGUCACCGGGUCGCCGUCCAUCCCGUUGGCCGCAAACGCACCUGUUGUCAACCUUGCAUCCACACCGACGUCUAAUUCUACUCCCAGCGCCAAUGAUAGAAAGCGGGGCACGAGUCGCGUGAGUAACCUAAAUCCAACGGCUGGCACGGGUUCCAGCGGAAGAGGAGGAACUGGUAACAACAGUGGUGGCGGUGCAACGACCUCGGCCAUGCCCAGCACAUCGUCUGGUGCCUCCGCUUCGACAUCGGGACUGAAUUUGGCCAAUUUCGCCGGCCUCAAUCCCAAUUUCCUUUCAUCUCUCCACCACCUGGGAGCAGACCCGAAGAAUCCUCUGUUGGCUGCUUUUGAUCCGAAGAUGUUUGGUGCCUUAGACCCGAAGACGGCCGCCCUCUUUGGCGCCUCACUCGAUCCGAAGAACAAUCCGCUGGCCGGUUUGGAUCCCAAAAACGCCCUUAAUAUGUUCGGGGGAUUUCCUGGCCUGGGGUCUCUAGGAGGACUUGGCAGCUUUGGCGCAUUGGGUAACAUGGGUGCCAUGGGGAACAUGGGCAGCAUGCAACACCUGUUUUCCAACCUGGCUGGGUUCAUGCCCGACAUGCCGAGUAGCAGCGCACCCAGCGCGUCAACCACCAAUACAACGACGAAAUCAUCUUCGACAUCGCGACGUGAAGAAAAAGGCAAAAAACCGGCUACGUCGUCGUCCAGUGCCAGCGCCAAUGCCAAUGCGAAUGCCGCAGCAGCAGCUGCAGCCUCACUUCCUUUCCUUUUCCCUAACCCCAGUAUGCUUUACGGCCAUCUGGGAUUGGGUGGUCUAAAUCCGUUCUCUUUGCCAGCAGGCAUACCGUUAUCAACAGCUUUUUCUAAUCUUGGUGCCCAGGGUUUCAUGAACGGUCUAACAACGACCAUGGCUAAUGAACCCGGUUCGACUUCUACAAAAACAACGGCCUCUGCCUCGGGAGGAGGUGGCACUUCGUCUGACGCCCACCGGAAUUCGUCUUCUUCCCGUCGUGAGCGAGCCGAGCGUACUGAACGUGAUCGUAGUGAUCGCAGUGAUCGCCAUGAAGGUACCUCCAAGGAAAGGAGCUCCAAAUCGGAACGGAGCUCUCACGGAUUGGACUUGACACCGGCUAGGACUCGCGGUGGAGGAGGAGGAGGCGAGCCGGUGGAGCGCGAGCGGAGGAGCCGUCACGCUGCCGAUGAUGACAGUAAAGGGCAUAAGAAGAGUCCCAAUAAGCUCAAACUGGAUGAAUAA